AUGUGUUGUUUACUUACGGGGGUCGUGAAUGCCCCCUCUUCGAAUUCAGCAGUAGUUGGUGUUCAGCGCUUCGCAAGGAUGGCGCGCGUCCAUACUACUGCGCAACUGGCCUGCCUCGCGACUAUACUGAUAACGCAAGGUACGUUGUGUCAGCGCAACCCAAUAAAGGAGGCCCUAUAUAUAGACGAGGCUUUCAGCAACGCUACGUUUGAAGACUGCGUGUGGAGAAGGGAGAAAGAAUCGUGUCCAGAUCCUGAUGUAAACUUACACUUGUACACCGAGUCGGAACCAUACAAGCACGUCGUAGACUUGAGCAGUGAGGACUGGCUCCGUCAGAAUAGCUGGGAUCCGACGCACGAGACGAUUCUGCUCGUACAUGGGUACGCCGGGGGUGAUGAUACAUUGCCUAUCACUGUGCUUAGAGAUGCGUACAUCCGACGUGGCGGUUACAAUGUUUUUAUGCUAGACUGGGGAAGUCUCUGCCAGCCUCCUUGCUACGUAGCAGCAGUCCAUAACCUUCGACCCGUAGCCCGGUGUAUAGCUGAGGCACUGGGAGUGCUUCGCCACGGUGGGCUCAGGACUGACAAGUUUACAUGCGUGGGACAUUCGCUUGGAGCUCACAUGUGUGGAAUUAUAGCGAAUUAUUUGACGUUUAGGAUUAACAGAAUUAUUGGCUUAGAUCCUGCCCGCCCCUUAAUUCGCUCAGCGCCUGCUUUACGUCUGGAUCCUGGCGAUGCCCGUGCCGUUCACGUGCUGCACACCAACGCAGGAAGAUAUGGUGAAGCAGCUCGUUUGGGGCAUGCUGACUUCUGUCUCAAUGGAGGAAGGAGUCAGCCCUAUUGUGAAGAUACGCCCAACGAGGCCCUCUGCAGCCAUAUCUGGUCAAUCUGCUACCAGGCGGAGAGCUUGUUCCGAGCGCGUGCAGCGGCCCCGUGCGGCCGGCGAUGCUCAGUGCGCGUGGCGCCCGCCCGUGCUUCUGCACUGCCCGUGCCCAUCGGACAACCCGCCCCCAUGACUGCAUUUGGCGCGUAUUGUCUGGAGGACUUCACGACGCCGUUCUGUCCGCACACGUCGGGGCUACUCGAGGGCGACGAGCGCUGCUGCCUGGACGAGCUGUACGCGGCGGCAGCCACCACCGAGCCGCCGCGUCGCCGCCCCUCGCGCCCGCGCCCGCUGCGCCUGCGCGCGCCGCCGCUACUGCGCGACGGGACCAACAACUAA